CGCGCGGGGCCCUCCCUGCUGCGCCCACUCUGAGACGUGUCCUCCUGCCUUGGAGAGGGAAGCAGGUCGGAAGACGUCUCAGUGACCAGACCAGAAACCUCCUACCCCCAGGUGAGGCCAGGACCCCUGUCCAGCUCUCCCCAUCCAGCUCCUUCCCCAGGAUGGACAGGGGCUCCAGCUCCUGGCCCCACCUUGGACUAAACCUGCUGCUGCUGCUGCUGCUGGCGGCACUGCCACCCGAGAGCCAGGCCAGCACACAAUGCUACGGGAUCCCCGGCAUGCCGGGCCUGCCCGGGGCCCCAGGGAAGGAUGGGCACGACGGACUGCAAGGGCCCAAGGGUGAACCAGGAAUCCCAGCUAUUCCUGGGACACGAGGACCCAAGGGUCAGAAGGGAGAAGCCGGCACACCUGGCAUUCCUGGGAAAAAUGGCCCCAUGGGAGCCCCCGGGCUGCCAGGGAUCCCUGGACUCAUGGGCGCCCCCGGGGAGCCAGGAGAGGAAGGCAGAUACAAGCAGAAGCACCAGUCAGUGUUCACGGUCACACGGCAGACAGUCCAGUACCCAACAGAGAACAGCGUGGUCAAGUUCAACACGGUCAUCACUAACCCACAGGGGGAUUAUGACACAAGCUCGGGCAAGUUCACCUGCAAAGUCCCCGGCCUUUACUAUUUCGUCUACCACACAUCACAGACGGCCAACCUGUGCGUGCUGCUGUACCGCAACAACAUCAAGGUGAUCACCUUCUGUGACCACAUGUCCAACACCAAGCAGGUCAGCUCCGGCGGUGUGCUGCUGCGUUUGCUGGUGGGAGACCAGGUGUGGCUGGCGGUCAACGACUACAACGGCAUGGUGGGCACAGAGGGCUCUGACAGCGUCUUCUCCGGCUUCCUGCUCUUCCCUGACUAGGGGGGUGCGUCCACUCCUGCCCCCGGCCACCCCACCUCCCUCAGCUUUCUUGCGUGGACCCGCUGUGCCACGCCCUUGCUCAGGCCACUCUCCCCACCUGAUGGACUCCUCCUCCAGAAAGCCCUCCCUGACACCCACCCCCUGAGCGCCCUCCCUUCUCUGAGUUCCUGCAGGAUCCACUGCUUUGACACUUAACCAACACCUCUGGUACUCUCGUUCCUUUUUUUAAGUGUUGAAAGACUCAGGGAGACAUACAAAUAAAUGAUUAAAUCAAUGAAUACGUAUGGC